UUAACGAAUAAACCGCGCGAGGACAUCACGGGUUCCUUAACUCCAAUCUGUAGUAAUUCUACUACAAAGAUGUGUACGGUCUCGUUCUCGCCUGCGCAAGUCGAUACAUUUCCAUUCUCUUCAUUUUUUGUCCCAUUGUUGCCCCUCACCAGAACCAAUAAUUACAGCACCGUUCCCUUCAAGAAGCACAAGAGAAAACCCAUAACCCGAUUCAUACUUCUCUCAGUUUCGGCUUCUUCAACAGCCAAAGAUGUCUGGCGAAGAACGACGCCGUCCUCACCUUCUUACCACCAAGCGUACCGCAGACACCCCAGAAAACAAGAGCCUGUGCACUUGGAUCACAGCGUGGACAUGGACGAGCUCUUGGCCUCGAUCGGACAGACCCAGAACGAGCAAGAGCUGUACGCUCUAAUGUCACCGUACAAAGGCAGACAGCUCUCAAUACGUUUCAUGGUUUCGCUGCUCUCGCGCGAGCCUGACUGGCAAAGGUCGCUAGCGCUGCUCGACUGGAUUAACGAAGAGGCUUCGUAUUCGCCUUCGGUGUUCGCGUACAACGUGGUCAUGCGCAAUGUGCUUCGCUCGAAGCAGUGGGAGAUUGCGCAUGGGCUGUUUGAGGAAAUGCGCCAGAGAGCGCUCGCGCCUGAUAGGUAUACUUACUCGACGCUUAUUACUUGUUUUGGGAAGGAGGGUAUGUUUGACUCUGCGCUGGCUUGGCUCCAGAAAAUGGAGCAAGACCGUGUGUCUGGGGACCUUGUUUUGUAUAGUAAUUUGAUUGAGCUUUCCCGGAAGUUACAUGAUUAUUCCAAGGCUAUAUCAAUCUUUUCGAGGUUGAAAGCGUUGGGUAUUAUGCCGGACCUUGUAGCUUAUAACUCGAUGAUCAAUGUGUUUGGUAAAGCUAAGCUAUUUCGAGAAGCCCGUCUUCUUAUUAAAGAGAUGAGGGCAGUGGGUGUUUUGCCGGAUACGGUGAGCUAUUCGACGCUUUUAACUAUGUAUGUCGAGAAUCAGAAGUUUGUUGAGGCACUAUCUGUUUUCUCUGAGAUGAAUGAGGUGAAGUGCCCGCUUGACCUUACAACGUGCAAUAUUAUGAUUGAUGUUUAUGGACAGCUGGAUAUGGCCAAGGAAGCUGACAGACUGUUUUGGAGCAUGAGGAAGAUGGGAAUUGAACCCAAUGUUGUUAGUUACAAUACCCUUUUGAGGGUUUAUGGUGAGACUGAGCUUUUUGGGGAGGCCAUCCAUCUUUUUCGGUUGAUGCAGAGGAAGGAUAUUGAGCAGAAUGUUGUUACCUACAACACCAUGAUCAAGAUUUAUGGGAUGACUCUUGAGCAUGAAAAAGCUACGAAUCUUGUGCAAGAGAUGCAGAAUAGAGGGAUCGAACCAAAUUCCAUUACGUACUCUACAAUAAUAUCUAUAUGGGAUAAGGCAGGGAAAUUGGAUCGGGCAGCAAUGCUGUUUCAGAAGCUUAGGAGUUCGGGAGUUGAGAUUGAUCAGGUCCUUUAUCAGACGAUGAUUGUGGCUUAUGAGAGGGCAGGUUUGGUUGCUCAUGCUAAGCGUUUGCUUCAUGAACUCAAGCGCCCAGACAAUAUCCCCAGGGAGACUGCAAUUAAGAUUCUUGCUGGAGCAGGUCGGAUUGAAGAGGCUACAUGGGUUUUUCGCCAGGCUUUUGAUGCUGGGAAGGUGAAAGAUAUAUCAGUUUUUGGGUGCAUGAUUGAUCUUUAUUCAAGGAACAGGAAGCAAACAAAUGUCAUUGAGGUGUUUGAGAAGAUGAGAGCCGCAGGUUAUUUUCCUGAUUCUAAUGUGAUUGCUCUUGUUCUGAAUGCUUAUGGGAAGUUGCGGGAUUUUGAGAAGGCGGAUGCUGUAUAUAGUGAGCUGCAGGAAGAGGGAUGUGUUUUUCCAGAUGAAGUUCACUUCCAGAUGCUCAGUCUCUAUGGUGCUAGAAAGGAUUUUAAGAUGGUAGAGUCACUGUUCGAGAGGCUGGACUCUGAUCCCAACAUCAACAAGAAGGAGUUGCAUCUUGUUGUUGCCAGCAUCUAUGAAAGAGCGGAUAGACUUAAUGAUGCAUCCCGAAUCAUGAACAGAAUGAAUGAAAGAGGAACUUUGAGAUCAUGACCAUCUUUAGAAGUCUGCAUAUGACCUUGUGUCUGGUAAAUUUUGCAAAACCAUCCGAAAAUGCAGUUUUCUUUUCUGCUGAUAAUUUUGUAUAUAUUUUGUACUUGAACCUCCUAUUUCUCCAACCCAUCUGUGUUUAUCACACUGAGAUGUCCGGCUCACCAGCGAUCAUUGUAGCACUGCAAGGAGGAGUCAUGAAUACUAGUCAUUUUCUCUUCAUUUCUUAUAUGUCAUCCUUAUGAGAAGCAGGGAAGAUGGUUUAUAGACAAGAA